GCGCGCUGUUCGGUUGUGCAGUGUAGUCCAGCUAGUGAUGUAAACAAAUAAAGUUGGAUGAGUUGAAACGGACCAGCCACAGCCAGCAGCUAACGUGAGCUAACUAUGCUGGAAGCAGAAACCACCUCCGUGUAGCAGUGAGGUCAGCCUUGGUUUAGCUCGCUGUGUGUUAUGGGUUGCUAGUAACGUUUAUGGUUGCUAAGUUAUAGUAAACGUCUUGCGUAGGGAAAGGGCACGUGAAGCGCCCGCAAAGCCAGUCCGCUUUAAGUUACUAACAGGACUGACGUUACUUUGAACCAGAUGGAGGCUUUUCUGGGGUCGAUGCACAGCCCUGAUCUGAGCUCAGUCCUUUCAUCGUGUGAGCCGGAGCUUCAGGAACUGAUGCGACAAAUUGACAUCAUGAUCAACGAUCAGAAGAAGAAGUGGGAAGAUGAGACCUGCACCUUGGAGCUCAGGCUGAAAAGUAGAGAAGAGGAACUUUUAAACUCAAGGAGCACAAUUGAACGGAGGGACCUGGAGAUUGGAUUACUCCGCAAGCAGCUUGAAGAUGUCAAGACUGGUCGACAAGAGUUAGCCGCCAAGUACGAGCAGCAACUGCACAAACUCCGUGAAGAGUUGGAUAAGUUAAAGAGAAGUUACCAUAAGCUUCAGCGCAAACACCUCAAGGAUGCUAACGCAGGAGUGAAACAGACAGACCUCCAGAAGGAAUAUCAUCAGCGCUCUCUGGAGUGGGAGCAACAGCGCACCCAGAGCCAGCAGGAGCUCACAGCCCUGGAGGCCGAAAAUAAGAGCUUGAAAGAUGAGCUCUCACACAUAAAAUCCCAGUGGGCAGCGCACCAAGUGGAGAGGGAGCACAGGGAGUGCUGUUUGGAGGUGCAGCGCCUGCGCUCUCAGCUGGAAAAAGCUCAGAGAAGUCUGCACACACAGGAGCUGGAACUGGAGCGUCUCCGACCACUUGAGAGUUGGCAGGUGCUUUCUGAGGAAUGGGAGGAGCUGGACUCCCAGGAUGCAUUUGUGCGGCGAGCCAGUCUUGAGCGCCAAAGACUUCGUAACGAAACAGCCAGAUUCAACCAAGCACUGCAAGCUAAAGAUCAAGUCAUUCGCUCUCUGGAAGACUGUCUGGUAGCUCAGGGCUGCACCGGUGUGGAAAUCCUCAGACGAGAGCUGGAGAAGACUGCAGCCAAGCUCCAAGGUGCCCAAGCAUAUCAGGGUCAUCUCAAGGCUGAACUGGCAUGUCUCAAAGAGAGGCUGCAGGUGGUGAGUAAACAGAGAGAUGACAACUUGAAGACGGAGCAAGAACUGCAAAGCCUGAAAGCUGAAUGUGACUCUUCUAUGGCUGAAGCGAAAAGGCUCAGAGAGGACCUUGAGCGGGCCAGGCAGACUCACAGCGGCGAAGUUGAGGGAAUGAGAAAGGAGGUGUCAAAGCUGACCAGCGAGCUGCACGAGCGCGACCUCGCCAUCACCAGUCUGAGCGCCUCCUCGUCCAGCAUCAAGCAGCAGCUUCGCGAUGAGGCGGAGCGAUCAGAGAAGAAGUCUGCUGAGCUCAAAAUGACUCAGGCACAGCUGGAGACGGUACAGGCUGAGAACCAGCACCUGAAAGGUCUGCUGCAGAGACUGCAGCCUCAGUCACCAAAGAGGGGAGGCUCCCCGCUUGCCUCCCUGAGGGAGAGUUAUGUGUCUUCUCUGAGCAGCCUGGAGCAGGAGAAUCGGCAGUUAAGGCAGACACUCGCUGAGAUGCAGUCACAACUUGAGGCCUCCAAUCAGAGCAGUCAGGAUAAAUAUGAACACGCUGUGCUCAGCCAUGCUGCAACUGACCAAGAGCAGCCUACGUAUAACAGGCCACAGGAGAAUAUGCAAGUCAGAAACCCUCAGGCUCUAGAGAACACCACUCGCUAUGAAGGAGAGAUCCAGAUGCUCUUUAAAGAACUUCAAACCUCGUCCAAGACGUCCACAGGUCUGUCCCGCAGCCAGUCCCAAGGUAGCAGGCCUCAUUCAUCUGCCUCCUCGUCCUCCAGCAGCAGCACCACAACAAGACUGUCCACGAGAAACUCUGUGCCGGUCCUAAGCUCCAGCAAAUCUGCAGCUGAUGGACAAAACUCGAGCCCAGGAGACUCUCUGACCAGCAGCGAUAAAGAGAUUUCUUCUCCUUCUUCAGAGGACCUUUUGUCUGCAUCGCUGACAGACACAGUGGUCACUCGUUUCCUGGAGGAAGAGAACCUACGGACUGAGGAGCUGCUGCAGAGUUUGGACAGCCACAUCUUCGGGAUGAAGGAGAAGAACAACAAGACACUCUCCACGUUCCUGCACAGCAGCUCGGAGCUGGAGUCUGCCCAGAUGUCAGUGCAGGAUGCAUCGAUGGGACGUUUGCAUUUCCAUCUAGACAGACUCACGGUGCAGCGAGCCAAAGGAGGGUCCAUCCUCCCCAUACGUCUGUCAUAACUUAGAAAAUACCAUAUCGUUUACACUGUGUCCAUGAUGGAGGGAGAGUCAAACACACACACACACCCCAUCAUCAACACCCGUCUGCAGAGGCCCUCCAGCCCGUCGAGCGCAGGAAUGCGUGCAUCGUGCCAAUGCUGUCAUGGACCUUCAUCCCCUGCGGCGUGCUUCGUCCUCAUCAUUAGAAAGCUGAUGGAAUGUUAAUUUCUUCCAUGUGCACCGGUGAAAAAGCCGAGGGGGGGCGUGGGGACAAUUUACUGCUCUCCCAGUGAAGGACGCUCUGAUCGAAUGGAAAUAA